AGAUUAAAAAUGCGGAUUCUAGGUGUGGAGUUCGCUCCCUUGUCAACACCUUUAGAACGGCGGGUCCAGACUGUAGCAGUUCUAUACUGGAUGUCCACAUUUCUGUUUUUUGGACUUGGAUUUUCAGUUCUGCUCCUCUACCUUGUUUUAUUUACAAGAUUCUGGUGGGUAUCUGUUCUUUAUAUGACCUGGUAUAUUUACGAUCUAGACACGUGUAACAGAGGCGGGAGACAUGGCUGGAGUGUCAGAUUUGUACGCGGUUGGUCUCUAUGGAAGCACUAUGCCAAUUUUUUCCCCAUUAAGGUAAUAAAGAAAUAUAUUAAUUAUAAAAAAUCCUUCUUCUCCUAUACUCCAAAGAUGAGAUUUUAAUAGCUUAAACCCGAC